AUGAAACUCCUGCACCAAAUGGAACCAUAUGGUGAUGUCGCUGAGAUUCAUCAAUUUUCAUAUCAUUUUGUUCGGAGGCAUUCGGUGAUAUCUCUUACCGAUGAAUGUCAGCCGGACGAAUUGCUUCUUCUUAAAAAAGGACAGGAUAUCGAAGAAAUUAUUCAGGCUCUUAAUCGACAAAUAAGUGAAUGCAAAAAAUAUCUUGGCAGGCACAGUCAGAGCACCUAUCUUGGUAAGAAGGCUUUGUCCUCUGUGGAAAUUUUAACUAAAGAACUGGCGGACAUACAGCAAAUGAACAAAACAAAAACUCCUCCAGCAAUCCCAUCUAGCAUAUCAAUCGAAAUUAUAAGCAACGGCACAACCCAUCUUAGGCCAUGCGUCGUUAUUCAUACUAAUUACAAGGAUUAUUUGUUUAAUUGUCCGGAAGGCACCUCACGAUUUCUAGCUUCGAAUCGUUUAAAAGCUAUUAAUCUUACCGAUAUCUUCUUUACACGAGAUACUUGGGACCAUUUUGCCGGUGUAUCAGGAUUGCUGAAAACGCCAGUAGCAUCAUCGUCAUCUAAAUUAGAACGAGUUAUCAGGUUGCAUGGUUCUCAUAACAAGACGAAAUAUUUUGAAUCUCAAAAUGAUCAUACUGAUGCUGAUUUCCCGUCAACUGUGACCACUAAAAUAGAUAUAGCUUUCUUGGUUGAAUUAAAACCACCGCAGAGGCCGCUGGACAUCCAAAAAAUUAAGAAGCUGAAAAUUCCCGGUGGUCCUCACAUGAAGCAGUUAAAGGAUGGUGAAAAUAUAACGCUCUCUGAUGGACGUUUUAUCAAGGCAGAAGAAGUCUUAAGCGAUGUAAAAGCUAAGCCAUUGCAUGCUUGUCUUAUUGUUGAAUGCAGUGACUUAAGAAAACUCCCAUCAUUAAAGAAUAAUACUUUGCUCCGAAAUUAUAGCAAUCAGGACAAAAGUUUGCGGUAUGUCGUUCAUUUCACUGAAAAAUCAGUGCUGAGCACUGAUCAAUAUAGAUUAUGGAUGGCUUCAUUUGGAGAGAAUGUGGAACAUAUCAUUGUUAACGGUACCGGUCCAUGUCUGCCUCACAUGGAGGCGAUGUAUCGUCUCAAUGUCAUCUUGAAUCACAUUUGUCCAAAGUUGUUUCCACCUCUGCAUCCAAAAGGAUUCAAUGGUACGAUACAGCAGGAUGAUGAUUGCGAAAAGAGUGAUAACUGUCUCUAUGUUAGGCCAUUCCAGCGGUAUUUUCUGCGCAAGCCUGUUAACGUGGAUUCAUCACCACCUAAUGUAUCGUUAAUUCGUACUGAUUUGUUGCUGCAAUUGAAGGAAGACUCAGCAACUUCCGAAGCUAUUAAUUUAUUCAUAUGUAAAAACGCCGACAGCUGGCCUCGAAUUUGUUUUCUUGGUACAUCAUCAGCCGUGCCUACUAAUUUCCGCAAUGUUAGUGCAUAUUUUCUUCAAUUCAACGAGAAUUCUUGUAUAUUUGUUGAUUGUGGCGAAGGAUCAUACGGUCAAUUACGCACUUUGUUCGGUGAUUUAGCUUGUGAGGAUUUGUUAUUGAAAUUGAAUGCAGUUUUCAUUACACAUGGUCAUCAGGAUCAUUAUCAUGGAAUCUUCACAAUCGUUCAAUGUCGCAAAGAAUUAUUUAUGAAAAGAGGCAUAACUUACAAGCCAUUAAUUGUGGCUGGUGGUGGUCAUGUUUUAAAAGUUUUCCGCGAUGUCGAUCGUAGUUUUGGUAAUUAUACACGUGAUAUGCAUAUCGUGGACAUUUCUAAAAUAUUGUGGACACAUUCUCAACAAAAGGGAAGUCCAGUAGAAGCGGCUAAUUUGACUGAUGAAAUACCUUCUGAAAUUGCAAAUACGGAAAACCUUGGAUUUAAAAGUGUCGUUGCAGUUAAGGUUAAUCAUGCAAGAACUGCUGUUGGUUAUGUAUUUACCGAUUUAAAAAACCGAAAAUUUGUUUUCUCCGGUGACACAAUGCCUUGUGAGCAGCUUAUCAAACAUGGAAAAGAUGCACUAAUUCUUGUUCAUGAAUCGACUUUUGCGGAUGAUGAAGAGGCACAUGCCCUGUAUAAGAAACACAGUACAAUGAAACAAGCUUAUAAUGUUGCUACGCAGAUGAAUGCGAAGAAUUUAAUUCUGACACAUUUUAGUGCGAAAUAUCCGAAGGUACCACCAUUACCAGAUUAUAUCGAAAAAGCGGGUAAUGUAACCAUUGCAAUGGACAAUAUGAUUGUUACACCAAGCGACCUAAAGCUCUCAGCAAAACUUAUUCCUGUUCUACGAACAGUUUUUGCAAAAGAAAUUAUCGAAAUAAUGCAACGAUCUUUGAAAAGACAUAUUCAAGAAGAUAUACUUGCGCGGACAUUUGUUGAUACCUUUAAUGGUACGGUGCAGAAGAAAAAAGCAUCUGAAGAUUUAACUUUUAUAGAUUCCGUUUCCUCAAGAAUUUCAUGA